UAGACGGUGUCAGUGCACUGUGUCUAGGACUCUCUUCCUGCUGUUCCAGUUCCAUUUGUGCUCCAAUAUCAUUUUACACCGUUAUUUUCCAACAACAUACUCAGUUUGGCUCACCUUGGGCAACUAUGCUGACCAUACUCCUCUUCGUGGGAACACUUUUAAAUCACGCCAAUGCAGAUUUCGAUACAGAUGUCCUGAAUGAAAAGGAUGGGGUUGUAUCAGGAAUACUGAGCGACUCUGUGCUGCUGCGUCUGCCGCCAUGCAGUUUCCAAGGUCAGAAUGUGAGCCUGCAAUACACAAUCAACAACACCGUGGACACCUGGACCCUGGAAAACAUAUUCAGUGUACCCCCAUGUGAGAAAACAACUGGGACAGAGGGAAACUCCUUGGUCACAAGGAGGAUUGGAUACAAAGUGUCAGAUCUGGCUAGUGGAACUACAUAUAGAUUUCAGUUCCAGAUUGGAUCAAACAAGAGCAAUACUGUGUUAGCUACUACAAAAGCAGGACAGCACUAUAGUGGAAUAGACACUGGACUUCCAGCCCGGAGUGGAGCCAUGGUGGUCAUUACUGUGAUACUGUCUGUUGCCAUGUUCAUUCUGAUGGUGGCCCUCACCAUCACUAUCGUCUUAUCAAAUGAUGAGGAUUGAAGCAAAACAAUUCAUUUAUAAACAUUACACAUUGAUGCUUUUC